AUGGAUCGUGUGAUGUGUCCUGGAUGGAAGCUGGAGGCAUGUAGAAUCAGACCACAGCUAGCCAAAGAGAAGAUUGAAGGAUGCCAUAUUUGCACAUCUGUCACACCUGGCGAACCUCAGGUGUUCCUGGGAAAAGAUAAGGCCUUCACUUUUGAUUAUGUAUUCAACAUUGACUCGCGGCAAGAGGAGAUCUAUGAUCAAUGUGUAGAAAAACUGAUUGAAGGGUGCUUUGAAGGAUAUAACGCCACUGUUUUUGCUUAUGGCCAAACAGGCGCUGGCAAAACAUACACCAUGGGAACAGGAUUUGAUGUCAACAUAACAGAAGAAGAACAGGGCAUUAUAUCACGUGCUGUUAAACACCUUUUUAAAUGUAUCGAAGAAAAAAAGCAAGCUGCUAUUAAACAAGAACUUCCAACUCCAGAAUUCAAAGUGAAUGCCCAAUUCUUAGAGCUUUACAAUGAAGAAGUUCUUGAUCUAUUUGAUACAACACGUGAUAUCGAUGCAAAAAAUAAAAAAUCAAAUAUCAAAAUACAUGAAGAUUCAACUGGAGGAAUUUAUACAGUAGGAGUUACAACUCGAACUGUGAAUGGAGAAGCAGAGAUGAUACAGUGUUUGAAGUUGGGUGCUUUAUCUCGAACCACGGCCAGUACUCAGAUGAAUGUUCAAAGCUCACGUUCGCAUGCCAUCUUCACUAUACACGUGUGUCAAACCAGAGUUUGUUCUGCAAUUGACACUGACAAUGUGACAGAUAACAAGAUAAUUUCUGAAUCUUCUCAGACGAAUGAGUUUGAAACCCUUACUGCCAAGUUCCAUUUUGUUGAUCUGGCAGGAUCUGAAAGAUUAAAGCGUACAGGAGCUACUGGAGAGAGAGCAAAAGAAGGCAUUUCUAUCAACUGUGGACUACUGGCACUUGGCAAUGUAAUAAGUGCACUGGGGGAUAGAAGUAAGAAGGCAACUCAUGUACCAUACAGAGAUUCAAAACUCACAAGACUACUUCAAGACUCUCUUGGGGGAAAUAGCCAAACAGUCAUGAUAGCAUGUGUGAGCCCUUCAGACAGAGACUUCAUGGAAACUUUGAACACACUAAAGUAUGCCAAUCGGGCACGAAACAUCAAGAACAAGGUGAUGGUUAAUCAGGACAGGGCUAGUCAACAAAUCAAUGGUUUACGCAGUGAGAUUGCACGACUUCAGAUGGAACUUAUGGAGUACAAAACAGGCAAAAGGAUUAUUGAUGAAGAAGGUAUCGAAAGCGUCAAUGACAUGUAUCAUGAAAAUGCUAUGCUGCAAACAGAGAAUAACAACCUGCGUGUAAGAAUUAAAGCAAUGCAAGAGACUGUUGAUGCACUAAGAGCCAGAAUAACACAGCUUAUGAGUGAUCAAGCGAACCAGGUCCUUGCAAGAGCAGGAGAUGGGAAUGAAGAAAUCAGCAACAUGAUUCAUAACUAUAUCAAGGAAAUAGAAGAUCUCAGAGCAAAAUUAUUAGAAAGUGAAGCAGUUAAUGAAAAUCUUCGACGCAGUCUGUCAAGAGCUUCAACAAGACCAUCAUAUUUUGGAGGCCCUUCAGCAUUUUCUGCUUCUGUGCUUUCUUCAGAAAAAGAGACUUUGGAAAUUCUUGAUAUAGCUAAGAAAGAUUUAGAAAAACUGAAAAAAAAAGAAAAGAAGAAGAAAAAGAGGCUACAGAAACUUGAGGAAAGCAAUCAAGAAGAAAGAAGUAAUGUUAAAGAGGAGAACCCAGACAACGAACAGGAGAAAAGGGAUGAAAAAAGCACUUCAGAGAGAGAGAAUCAUGAAUUGGAAGCGGAAGAAAUUCAGGAAGUAAGUGAUCAUGAGGAUGAGGAAGAAGACGAAGAUGAAGAUGAUGAUAUGGAAGUUGUUGAAAGCUCAGAUGAAUCUGAUUCUGACUUAGAUGAAAAAGAAAAUUAUCAGGCAGAUUUAGCAAAUAUCACUUGUGAAAUUGCCAUAAAGCAAAAGCUGAUAGAUGAACUAGAGAACAGCCAAAGAAGACUACAGACUCUGAAAAAGCAAUAUGAAGAGAAGCUAAUGAUGCUACAACAUAAGAUUCGAGACACUCAACUUGAAAGAGAUCAGGUUCUUCACAACCUGGGUUCUGUGGAGUCUUGUUCAGAAGAAAAAGCAAAAAAAAUAAAGUCCGAAUAUGAGAAAAAGCUCCAAACCAUGAAUAAAGAACUGCAAAGACUGCAAACUGCUCAGAAAGAACAUGCACGAUUGCUUAAAAAUCAGUCUCAAUAUGAAAAGCAGCUGAAGAAACUGCAGCAGGAUGUGACUGAGAUGAAAAAAACUAAGGUUCGCCUGAUGAAACAAAUGAAAGAAGAGCAAGAAAAAGCCAGGAUGACAGAAUCUAGAAGAAACAGAGAGAUUGCACAGCUUAAAAAGGAGCAGCGCAAGCGUGAGCAUCAGUUCAAACUUCUGGAAGCUCAGAAAAGAAAUCAAGAAGUUGUUCUACGCCGCAAAACAGAAGAGGUUACAGCUCUGCGUCGACAAGUAAGGCCUAUAUCUGAUAAAGCAGCCGGGAGGGUGAGUCGGAAGCUGAGUUUGCCUGACCAUCCUAUUCAAGAACCAAGUUCUAGUAUGUCAUCUGUAGACUAUGAUGGAUCAAGAUCAGCAGCACAGCAGAAGAUGAGAAUUCCUGUGGCCAGGGUCCAGGCAUUAUCAGUAACUGCAACAAAUGGAGCCAGGAAGAAAUACCAAAGAAAAGGAACAACUGUCAGAGUUUAUUCCUCAAAGGCAGCCAGGAUGAAGUGGCAAUUACUUGAACGCAAAGUGACUGACAUCAUUAUGCAGAGAAUGACCAUUUCCAAUAUGGAAACAGAUAUGAAUAGACUACUUACGCAACGUGAAGAACUUACAAAAAGAAGAGAGAAGCUUUUGAAAAAAAGGGAGAAAGUAAUCAACGAUGGUGGUGGAGAAGCAGACAAAAAUGUCCAUAACAUCAAUGAGGAGAUGGAGUCACUAACUGCAAAUAUAGAUUACAUCAAUGACAGUAUUUCUGACUGCCAAGCAAACAUUAUGCAGAUGGAGGAAGCAAAGGAAGAAGGAGAGACCGUGGAUUUGUCUGCAGUGAUUAAUGCCUGCACACUAACAGAAGCUCGAUAUCUUCUUGAUCACUUCCUCACAAUGGGCAUUAAUAAGGGUCUCCAAGCAGCUCAGAAGGAUGCUCAAGUUAAAGUUCUUGAAGGACGCCUUAAGCAAACAGAAAUUACAAGUGCUACUCAAAAUCAGCUGCUAUUUCAUAUGCUGAAAGAGAAGGCAGAAUUAAAUCCUGAACUUGAUGCUUUGCUGGGUCAUGCUUUGCAAGACCUAGAUAGCAUAUCACUGGAAAAUGUAGAAGAUAGUACUGAUGAAGAUGCCCCGCUGCACAGCCCUGGAGCAGAAGGAAGUUCCUUGUCUUCGGACCUCAUGAAGCUUUGUGGUGAAGUCAAGCCCAAAAGUAAGGCCCGCCGGAGGACCGCGACCCAGAUGGAAUUGCUAUAUGCAGAUAGCAGCGAUUUAGUUUCUGACAGUAGUGCAGCAGACACCAUUUUGACUGGUCCUCUUACACCUGUUGCAGAAGUGCAAGAGAGUGGGAUGCAUACAGAUACAAGUGAUACUUCUGCUAGGGAAAGGGACCUCAUUCCCCCACCAUCUGGCUUACCUUCUAAAAUAGGCAGCAUCUCUAAACAGUCAUCUCUGAUGGAGAAGAAAAUACCUGAACCUUCACCUUUAACAAAGAGAAAGGCCUAUGAGAAAACAACGGAAAAGCCAAAGGCGAAAGAACAGAAACACUCAGAUUCUGGAACCUCAGAGGCUAGUCUGUCACCUCCUUCUUCCCCACCAAGCCGGCCCCGUAAUGAACUGAAUGUUUUUAGUCGUCUUACUGUUUCUCAGGGAAACACAUCAGUUCAGCAGGAUAAGUCUGAUGAAAGUGAUUCCUCUCUGUCGGAGGUACACAGGGGCAUAAUUAACCCAUUCCCUGCUUCAAAAUACGUCAGAUCUUCACCACUUCAGUGUAUCCAUCUAGCUGAAGGGCAUACCAAGGCUGUGCUUUGUGUUGAUUCUACUGAUGAUCUUCUGUUCACUGGAUCUAAAGAUCGCACUUGUAAAGUAUGGAAUCUGGUAACUGGACAAGAGAUUAUGUCGCUAGGAAGUCAUCCUAACAAUGUUGUAUCUGUAAAAUAUUGCAACUAUACUAGCCUGGUCUUCACAAUUUCAACAUCUUAUAUUAAGGUGUGGGACAUCAGAGAUUCUGCCAAGUGUAUUCGGACAUUGACGUCUUCAGGCCAGGUUAUGUCGGGUGAUGGUUGUUCUGGAAGCACUAACAGAACAGUAACUAUUCCUGCUGGAGAAAACCAGAUCAACCAAAUUGCACUAAAUCCAACAGGCACUUUCCUCUAUGCAGCUUCUGGAAAUGCAGUAAGGAUGUGGGACCUUAAAAGAUUCCAGUCUACAGGAAAGUUAACUGGUCACCUAGGCCCUGUCAUGUGCCUUACUGUAGACCGCAUUUCCAAUGGACAAGAUCUUAUCAUUACUGGCUCAAAGGAUCACUAUAUAAAGAUGUUUGAUGUAACUGAAGGGGCCCUUGGAACUGUUAGUCCAACACACAAUUUUGAACCACCUCAUUAUGAUGGGAUUGAAGCACUUACUAUCAUUGGAGACACCCUUUUUAGUGGGUCCAGAGAUAAUGGAAUAAAGAAAUGGGAUUUAGCUCAAAAAGACCUGCUUCAGCAAGUUCCUAAUGCACACAAGGACUGGGUGUGUGCUCUUGGACUGGUGCCUGGCUCCUCUGUUCUUCUCAGUGGCUGUAGAGGAGGUAUUCUAAAGCUCUGGAAUGUGGAUACAUUCACACCAGUAGGAGAGAUGCGGGGACAUGACAGUCCUAUAAAUGCUAUCUGCACCAACUCCAGCCACAUUUUUACAGCAGCAGAUGAUCGAACUGUGAGGAUCUGGAAAGCUCGCAACCUGCUAGAUGGACAUAUCUCUGAUACUGGAGAUGCAAAUGAAGAUAUUGCCAGUAAUUAAACGUGAAUUGAAAUGAUGGGCACAAAUGAAUAUUGUGAUAAAAUGCUGUGUAUUCUUAGUGCACUUUGCAAUGCAUUUACUAGGUAAACACUGACAACUGGAAAAUGCAGCUGAUCCCAACUGGUAAAUAUGUGUUGUAUUCUACUAGAAUUGAUAUCCUCAGAACACUUGCCCUGUAUACUGUAUUUAAAAAUAGCCUAUUGGUAAUAUACUUGAGUCUCCCUGAUAUAUCUAAUGGCUGGAUUUGUGUGCAUAUAUAACACUUGUAAUUUAAACAAAUUGGAAAGUAAUCUGCUCUAAUAAAAGUCUCAAACCUAUAACCUGAAAUACAAAACAAAAUACU